AUGGAACAAAUCAAGCAACUGAAAGAGGAAAUAGCAGCACCACCAAACAUCAUAAUGGAAGAGCAGGCACAAUUAUCUUGGAUUAAACAAAUCAAAAUCAGUGAGAGAGAAAUAUUUGAGAAAGUGUGUGGUGAUGUCACUGUGGAAGACAGUGGAUUAGUUGCUAUUCAGUGUGGUACUAACGCCCAUGCACAGAUUCGUGGAAGAAAUCUGUAUUCAACAGGUAUUCAUAACAUACGCUUUAAGCUUGACAAAAGCUCAAGCGACUGGCUAUUUUUUGGAAUCAUUUCAUCAUCAACACCAAUGAAAGCACGGUCCUACGCAUCACCAUCAGCAUAUGGGUGGGUUGUUGGAUGCGGACAAGUCUGGUUGAACGGCGUACAGUCUGAUGGAUAUGGAGGUUGGGAUGGUGACAUUUGUGAGAAUGAUACAGUGGAACUAACACUCAACUGCAAUGAAAACAAAAUUCAGUGCUUAAAUGAGCGUACAAAGCAGAAGUAUGAAUUGAAAGUUGAUCUCACUAGUUGUCCUUAUCCAUGGAAGUUGCAUCUUAAUCUUCAUUUUGCCAGUGAUCGUGUUAGUAUUUGCUUCUAA